AAGGUCUGCCACCCACGCAUAAUCACCUUCGCUUUUCUGCCGUGAAAACGGCCUCGAACGGGCCAUUGCCUGGCCUGAACACCGUGCACGCUCGUGACUCGCAGGGGUCCAUGCUGUGGAUUCUGACGAUAUCUGGCUCUGAACCCGGUGCUGAUAGUCUCGUCUGGUCCUAAUAGACGAUCUGGCUCUGAGCAAGAAGAUGACGACGGCAGCAAUGGCAAGAAGAACGGGAAGGGCAAGCGUCGCAAAGUGAAUCAUGCGUGCCUAUACUGCCGAAGAAGCCACAUGACAUGCGACGAAGGUCGACCUUGUCAGCGAUGUAUCAAACGCGAGAUUGGGCAUCUGUGCCACGAUGAGCCACGGCAAUCAUCGUCGCGUUCGGGCGACAAGUCGACCCCUAUCCCAUCCACUGCCGCGACUCCGGGCACGGCUACACCAACAGCCAAUGGAAAUGUGUCCAGGACGCUUUCUGGCACAACAAUGUAUAGUGCAUCGCCGAUGCAAUCGGCGAUGCCUUCGUCAUGGAUGUCAAACGUCUCGACGCAAGGGCAGAGCUCGAGGAACACACUACCAUAUCAGCCAGAAACAGGCGAAUUCUCAGUACUCAGCAACUUUCUCGAGACCCUCGACGAAAGGUCCUUCUUCAAUUCCGUCGGAAACCCACCCACCGUCGGCCCACCAACUCUCGUCAACGGCGCCUCCUUCUCUUCCGCUCCUCUCAGCACAUCUCCAACCGCUAGCUCGGUCAUCCCCGGGCCUCUGGAAUCAUCACCGACACAGCCAUCGCCAUCUUUGACCAACGCCACCACCGCACAGACACCUACAUCUCUCAACACCACUUCAGACACAACUGUGAUCAAAGUCGAGGAUGAUCACCCGCACACGGAGGCUACUCCGGUGGAGGCCAUCUUGCCAGCGGCCACCAAAGCCGAGCGGUUCUUGCUCACUGCGGCGGACCAGGAGGAUGGCUCGCGGGAUCAGCGUCUGAGCAAAGUGAUCAGGAGCAAGUACGAAGCUGGCCUGUUGAAACCAUACAACUAUGUCAAGGGCUAUGCGAGGUUAUCACGGUGGAUGGAUCGAAAUGUAUCUCAGGAGUCGAAGCAGGCGAUACUGCAGCCUCUAUCAAUCGUCAGACCGAAGUUUCGAGCUAUUGCUCAAUCCCUAACGGAUAUCGAUCUUGUCUUCAUUGAAGAGGCGUUCGAGCGGCUCCUGCUCGAUUACGAUCGAGUCUUCUCUGCAAUGGGGAUUCCCGCCUGUCUCUGGCGCCGUACCGGCGAAAUAUAUAAGGGAAACCGAGAGUUCGCAGAACUUGUCGGUGUGGACGGGUAUAUGCUGCGUGACGGCCGACUUUGCAUCUACGAACUUAUGGCUGAGGAUUCAGCGGUAAACUAUUGGGAGAAAUACGGUCACGUUGCUUUCGACUCAAAGCAGAAAGCAGUGCUCACAUCCUGUGUGUUGCGAUAUAAGCCUUUACUCGCCCCGCCAUCGAUGUCGACGAAGAAGCUGCUGGAUGCGGACAUGAUGCCGCCGCAGGAGGAGGGUCUCAUCAACUGCUGCUUCUCGUUCACAAUCCGGAGAGACACAAGCGGUAUACCGAGCAUGAUUGUUGGUAAUUUUAUAAGAUGUUAAUUUUAGGAUUAUCUAUCUGGAUAUAUUGAUUGAAUGUACAAGAUUUCUUCGCGU